AUGGCUGAUUUAUCAGAUCUCAUAGGCCACAUUCCAGUCACUGAAGAACAACGUAGUACACUCAAAUGUUGUUGCGGACGGAAAGAUUGCGCAUUUCUCGUUCACAAUGGGGAGGUUUUGAAUAAACUUGAGGGGGAUGUGACGUUAGCAGCUCAGAUGGGUCAGGCUUUAUUAGAAAGGCACGAACAUUAUAUGAUCGAUGCGGAACGAGAGCGGGCAAAGAUGUCGGCGAAGAUCGAGCAGUUGGAGGUGGAUAAGAGGGAGUUGGAGGUCAGAAAUGAAAAGGUAAUUGCGGAGAAUAAGGGUCUGCUAGAUCAAUUGGAAGGACUUAAUGGUAGCUAUGAGGAAUCGGAACUACAAAUCAAAUUACUCGAGACGACUUUAAAGAGCACGCAUGCCGAAAUGAAACGUCUAGAGACUUUAGCAUCGAGAACACAUCAACUAGAGAAAGAUUUGGCGAUCUUAGAGGAGGAACAAGAAACUUUACGAAAGACAAUUACACGUACGGCAGCAGAAGAGCGCGCUGCGUUACUGAGGUGGAAGAAAGCGGAGCGAGGACUUCGUGAUUUACAGGAUCAAUUGGAGAGAGUUGAGCGAGAGGCACGAGAAGAAAAGGAACGACAUGUGGAAAUUUUGGGUCGCAUGGAGAGACAACGAACAGUCGAAAGAGAAUUAGAUACGGCCGCUAGUCGUUUGAAGGGAGCCGCUGCCAUCACAACCGGGAAAGGCAAGCAUGGUACCAAUGUUGUAUCACAUUUUGUUAAGGAUAUCUUACAAGAUAAUGCGAACUUGCAACUUGGAAUUGUGGAGUUAAGACAGAUGUUGAUGAGUUCAAAUGAUGAGGUGCAAUUAUUGCGGGAGCAAUUAUCAAUGCAUCAGCCAAUAUAUGCAGGUGAUGUCGUCGACAACGUACCUCAGCAGCGGACAUUAGGGGCAGAACUUGAGCCAAGCGAACAAGAAUCAGAAUCAAGACCACAAGAAUCGCAGGUUGUUUCCCAAACACUUCAUAUACAUCAUCAUUACCAUACACCAAAGAGAGAGGAGGUACGGAAGCCGAAAAAGAAACGAACCUCUUUGACUUCCAGUAUAUUCUCUCCACUCAUCCGAAGUCCACAAUCACCGCGCACCUCUAGAGGGGCAGAGAAUGCUAUCUUAUCCCAAACAGCGGUCACAGUUCCAAGUCCUAUCAAUACGAACAAUCGAUGGUCUGUUCAAUCAAGCCAGUUGUCGGAAUUUGCUCCUUCAUCAGUACCAUCAUCUCCACAAUCCAUGUAUCGAAACAGUACUUUAUUUGAUCGGAGUUUUGAUGUUGAUUCAUCACGUCCGACAUCACCUACUUCGAGUAUUGAUCCAUUAUCACCUCGAAUUCAUCCUUCAUAUCACAGAAAACGACCAUCGGAAGUCUCGACUCGAAGCUUUGCUGCUAUUGCUAAUUUUCAACCACAUAGUAUAAUACAUGAAGAGGAGGAUGAUGAUAUUCAUGAUGUGUCAGACUUACAGAUUACCGAUGUUCCUUCUCUCACCGAUGAUUCUACGAACCCUACCACUUCUGAUCUUUCUGACAACACCGUCGAGGAAUGGAUGCCUUCUCAAUUCGGUCCUAGGUUACACCGUUCUUCAUCCCGUGAAUCUAUCAUAUCAAUUUCAGGAAUUGAUAUUCAUACAUUGAGAGCACGACCUUCACAAUUAAAUAUGUCCUUGGCAGGAACAGUAAUGAUACCACGAUCAAGACUUUCGACUCCAACAACAACUUAUUCCACGGAAACUAUUACUAGUGCUUCUAUUAUCACGGCUCAACCUACUUUAUCUCGAAUGGGUCAUAGUAGUACAAGCUACCUUCGCUCAAACAUCGGAUACACAAAUUCAUCUAAAUCAACAAGUAAUGAUAGAAGUUCCAUUAGAUCCAGCUCAUCUAAUGAAGGGAAUAGCAAUGAGAGUGGCCUAGGAAAGAAAGUUGGCGGUUGGGUUUUUGGUCGAUGGGGAAUGUCUCCUGCGAAGUCAACCAGUGAUCUUCGAAGUACUCAAGAAGCUCAAAUUCCAGUACCUCCACCAACCGUUCGAGCUGUUAGUACACCAUCUGUCUCAGUAGCCCCAGAACCAAUAAGGGCUAUUUUGAGAAGGGCGGCGGGGAUCAAUCAGAAAGGUCCCAUUCCAGGAUUUAGACAAACGGAAAAGGCACCUAGUAAAGUCAUACCGGAUUUGGUUGAUCAUGAUGCAUUGGCAGAGGUACUUGAGGAAUGA